GACAAGAUGACGGCAUCUGGGAAUCCCACGCACAUGCGGGGUCCAGACUCCUUCGAUCUCGGAUCUCGACGUCGCAGACCACUCCGAGCCGUCAAGGUUUGCGCAGGGGAUCAGUGCGACUGACCGACACAGCUACGGCUUCGAGCAGGUGGGCCAUGUCAAGAUGAAGCUCUCUAGUCUCGAGGCGUGGUAUCAGGCAUAUAUCGCAGAGGACGACAACGCCACUGGCGUAGACUCAGCCGUCGUCCAGGCUGUCAAGUCCGACUACCUCGAUGACGAUCUGGUCAAUUCACGUGUUCAAAGUCUCCGGGCAACGGCAUGCGUCGAGCAAGGUUUCUGCCAUCAGUGCAAGCAUCUUCUUGAACAUUGGCCGAGCCUUCCCAGAGAUGUGUUGCGGGCUCAUCGAAUUGUGCGGGUCCUGGAGACGGAAGAGGUCGAGGCAGCAGCCCUCGAAGGCUGCAGGUUUUGCACAUUCAUCUUCUACCGGCUGAAUUUUCAGGGUCUUCUCAGAACAUUUCGAAGAAUUGAGGCACGACUUCGGAGGCUUGGGCUCCCUGCAACAGCCUCUCUAGCCGUCCAGAACUGGACAGAGCUCGACUUCACCCCUCAGCUGCUGUGGAUCAAUUUUCCUGGAAAGAGUGCGAGCGAGUACGGUUCCCCAGGGGCGGAAUCCUCACAUUUCGAGUCACAUGUCAUAUCACCCCUCUGUACGCUGAAGGCAAUUACUACACGGGCAUGAAGAAUUGCUACCCGGGCAUGACUCUUACACGGGCAUGACUUCUAUCGCCUCUGAUUCGCU